CGAACAUUUCAUUUUAUAGAUCUGAAAUUGCAAGUUUGAUCGAUAUGACUAUUUUGUUAUAUUGAGUUUGAUAAAAGAAUUGGUUUUAAAAUGCAAAAUAUUGAGGAUCCUUGCGCUCAAAAAAUUCCUAGAGCUAUAGAUGAUGAAUUUCUUCAGGAAAAAUUGCUUGAACUUACACGAUGUGGAGAGACAGGAAGAUUGGCGCGAAUAGAAGGAUUGCCUUUCGAAAAGGCGGAAAUCAUUCACCUAGAUUAUUGCAAUAUACUGAAGCUCGAUCAUCUAUGGGUAUUGACCAACUUGAGAAAACUUGUCCUGAAUAACAAUUUGAUAGACAAGAUUGAAAAUAUUCACAUGCUGAUACAUCUAACCCAUCUGGAUUUAUCAUUCAAUAGGUUGACUAAGAUAGAAGGAAUAGAAACAUUGGUGAAUUUGGAGCAGUUGAGUUUAUUCGAUAACCAAAUUAGUGAAAUUGAAAACUUGGAAACACUUCAAAAAUUGGUAAUAUUCAGCAUCGGUAGGAACCGCAUCGCUGAAAGAAGUAGCGUAAUAUAUCUGAGGCAACUGGAAAACUUGAAGUCUCUUAAUAUGGCGGAAAAUCCUUGCGCCUACGAAGAAAACUUCAGAUUGUAUAUAGCAGCAUUCUUGCCGCAAUUGGUUUAUUAUGAGUACAGAUUCAUAUACGAAUUAGAGAGAGAAGUUGGCAUGGAAACCUUUAGCGACGAAUACAACCAAAUCGUGCAGGUAGAAGCCAUAGAGAAGGCUCGCAAAGCAGCCAAACAAAAAGAACUUGCCGAUGCGCAGCUUCACGCAAGAAGUUUUGUUGAAUAUUUGAACACCAGAGCAUUUUUCGAUUCACUGUUCCUUGACGAUCCCGAAGGCAAAGCUUUUCUGGAAAUCGGGGAGGACAUGGCAGAACUGUAUAUUGAUUUUGAGGAGAACGUGAUUGCUGAAUGUAAGACCAUUUUCAGACUGGGACAAGAACAAUAUGAGCUGCGACAGAUUGAAAUCGACUACUAUAACUCUAGCGUUCAGAAUGCUAAGGCGGAAAACCAGAAGAAGAGUAUAGCUUACAUGGAGGAUUUUCUAGAGAAGAAAGAUGAUAUAUUCGAAGAAAUCCGUCAAGGCCAAGAAAGAUUCGUCCAAAUAGCUAAUAUAGAAGACUAUAACCAAACAGUAGAGAUUCAAGCUGAAAUCUUCCAGAAUCUCGUGCAGAGUACAUGGAAAUCCCUGAUGAAGAUGGAACUUGAAUUGUUCGAACAGAUGGUAGAUGUGAAUGAAACUUUCGAACAUACACUGACGGACCUCAUAAAUAAUUUCAUCGAAGCGGCUCAAGGUCUAUUUACUCGAAUCAGGGAUUUAGAAUCGGAUUUUAGCGAUGCGGUGGCCGAGAUUGUCAAAAGAUAUCAUGUUAACAUCAGCAUGACAGAAGACCCACAAAUUCCGCCAGCGCUUCGAGAAAUCAUGGCUGACAAGGACACUCUGGCAAAUGCUUUGGGUGCUAGUCAUGAUGUCCAUGCCCUUUUGAUUGAUACACGUGAAGACACAUUAAUAAAUAACGCAAGAGAAUGGUUAGAAAAGUUGGUGACCAAUUUAGAAAAGGAUGAAACAAAUCGAAAUAGGGAUAAGGUCAUGGAAAUAAGUCAUUUCAUGGAUGUGCAAAGGGAGGAAUUCGAUACUUUAGCCAACGCCAUAUUGGAAAACCAAGUUUUAACACUUGGUCUUAUGGAAUGAAUAAUUAUGUUUCGUUACCGUAUGGGACACCUAUGAAGAAUUUAAUUCAAAUAAUACUAAAAUCUUUAGUAGGUAGCAGAAAAGCGAGGAGGAAAUUCC